GAGGCGGCUCAGCGGCCGCAGGCGCAGGCUCGGGUCGGCGGCAGAAACGCGGGGCGCGCGCCCGCUCUGGGUCCCAGUAUGAGCCGCUCGGUGUGGCUGGCGCUGGCCGCGUCGCUCCUGCACGUGUCCCUGCAAGGCGAGUUCCAGAGGAAGCUCUACAAGGAGCUGGUCAAGAACUACAACCCGUUAGAGAGGCCCGUGGCCAACGACUCGCAGCCGCUCACCGUCUACUUCUCCUUGAGCCUCCUGCAGAUCAUGGACGUGGAUGAGAAGAACCAAGUUUUAACUACAAACAUUUGGCUGCAAAUGUCUUGGACAGAUCAUUAUUUACAAUGGAAUAUGUCAGACUAUCCUGGUGUGCAGACUGUUCGUUUCCCAGAUGGCCAGAUUUGGAAGCCAGACAUUCUUCUUUAUAACAGUGCUGAUGAGCGAUUUGAUGCCACAUUCCACACCAACGUGCUAGUGAAUUCUUCUGGGUAUUGCCAGUAUAUCCCUCCAGGUAUAUUCAAGAGCUCCUGCUACAUCGACGUGCGCUGGUUCCCCUUUGAUGUCCAGCACUGCAAACUGAAGUUUGGGUCCUGGUCUUAUGGAGGGUGGUCCUUGGAUCUACAGAUGCAGGAGGCAGAUGUCAGUGGCUAUAUCCCGAAUGGAGAAUGGGACCUUGUGGGCAUCCCAGGCAAGCGGAGUGAGAAGUUCUAUGAGUGCUGCAAAGAGCCCUACCCGGAUGUCACCUUCACGGUGACCAUUCGCCGCAGGACCCUCUACUAUGGCCUCAACCUGCUCAUCCCCUGCGUGCUUAUCUCUGCGCUGGCUCUCCUUGUGUUCUUGCUCCCUGCAGAUUCAGGGGAGAAAAUCUCCCUCGGGAUCACGGUUCUACUCUCUCUCACUGUCUUCAUGCUGCUGGUGGCAGAGAUCAUGCCUGCAACAUCCGACUCAGUGCCCCUGAUAGCCCAGUACUUCGCCAGCACCAUGAUCAUCGUGGGCCUGUCUGUGGUUGUGACUGUGAUUGUGCUGCAGUACCACCACCAUGACCCCGACGGUGGCAAGAUGCCCAAGUGGACCAGAGUCAUUCUUCUGAACUGGUGCGCGUGGUUCCUGCGCAUGAAGCGGCCAGGGGAGGACAAGGUGCGGCCGGCCUGCCAGCACAAGCAGCGCCGCUGCAGCCUGGCCAGUGUGGAGAUGAGCACGGUGGCGGGGCCGCCCACUGCCAACGGCAACCUGCUCUACAUCGGCUUCCGUGGCCUGGACGGUUUGCAUUGCGCCCCCACCCCGGAUUCGGGGGUUGUGUGCGGCCGCAUGGCCUGCUCCCCCACGCACGACGAGCACCUCCUGCACAGCGGGCAGCCCUCUGAGGGGGACCCGGACCUGGCCAAGAUCCUGGAGGAGGUGCGCUACAUCGCCAACCGCUUCCGCUGCCAGGACGAGAGCGAGGCCAUCUGCAGUGAGUGGAAAUUCGCGGCGUGCGUGGUGGACCGCCUGUGCCUCAUGGCCUUCUCCGUCUUCACAAUCAUCUGCACCAUUGGUAUCCUGAUGUCAGCUCCGAACUUCGUUGAGGCUGUGUCCAAAGACUUCGCUUAACUCGGACUUGGUUCCCGAAGUGUAGAAAUUUUAGAGACGUGACAUUUUAGGCUUGGGGAGAAUCUGGGGUGCUAAUCCCACAGCAGCAUUCACCGUGAGGACUCCUGUGUACCUUAGCGCUGUCAAUCAUUUAUGUGGGUUACAGUGUCCUUGUUACAUUCAGCAAUAGGAUCUCAGUUCAUUUUUGUUUAGUCCUCUCAGAUAGGUUACUUGAUAUCCUUGGAGCAUCCUUGAGGUCAGCAGGACAUCUGAGAGGUCAUUUUGCCCACGCUUCACCGCCUGGUGAGCCCUUCAGAGAGGGUGGGUAGCUCAGCACUGCCAGGGGAGGCCUGUACAAUUGGUUUUGCAUGCCUGCAUGUUACUUGCCAUGAAAGCCUACAUGAAAAUUCAUAACAUUUUCUCUGUGUACAAACCUACAUUGAAACGACUAGUAAUAAUAAACCACACUCAGUAAAUCCAUUUAAGUAAUUGCUGAAAAAAAACAAACUGAAAACCUAACUGCUGGUUUUUCUGCAAUUCAGAUUUUAUUUUGCUUUGCCAAAGACAGUUGGUAGAGAGAAACAGUUUUACACUGUUGCCACUUUUUAAAGAAGAAAGAGGGAGACAUGGUUUGCUUUGUUCAUUAUGCUUUGACCAGUCUCAUUUCUGCCAGUCUAUGCUGUCAGGGGAAUCAGGAAGGACACAGGUAUGUGCUGGUUCUGAACUAGGACAGACCUAGUCAAGUCAAGGUGUUUUCCGUAGAUCCCAGACGACCCCCAAGCUUCCUGUGCUGCCCUCAAACACUGGGAAGUUGUGUGAGUCUGCUCUAUUCUGCAAAACCCAAAGGCCAAAUAGAGUUCUAUUAGAAUUACCAGCCCAAUGCAAUAGCUAAAGCUAAAUUAAACCAUCUGUGUGUUUUCAAAAAAAUGAUGCAUUGGAUGCUUCACAUUUACUAGAGUUGAGUAGUCUUAGAACUGUGUGGAUUGGUACAAAUGUGCAAUAUACAAUGAAAGUAUUCUAUGCUUUUUCUCCAUGUGUCAGGGGCAGGGGCAGGGACUGAAGCCUCUUCUUGACUCCCUGUGUGGCCGGAACUGGGGAGGGUGUGGCUGAUGGCUUCCCUGAACAACAGCCCAGUGAUAAUGAGCAAGAGGGGCUAGCAGGCCAGAAACUCCAGUUUCUGGCUCUUGGGCGUCUGCUUCCCCAUGACUCGUCCACCCCAGCUUCAGCCCAGGAAGUUGGUUGGAUGGGCGAAUUCACUGCAGAUGUACCUUUUGAAAGCGAGGGAAAUGUUCAUUUUAAACCUACACAGUGACAGUUCCCCAGUUACAUGACAGUAGUCAUUUUGCCUCUUCCUAUCCUUAUUUUUUUCUAACAUCAGAAGGAGACACAAGAAAAUCUCUCCUGUUCAAUUGUUUCAUUCAGUAACUUCUCAGAGCUCAGGACUGCAGAAGGCUCUGGACUCCUGGGGAUGGUUAGCUUGCAUCUAACCCUGAAAUGGGUAUAUCAUGAGGGAAGGUUAGGUUUUCAGGGAAAAAGGAAUUGCACAGAUUUUUCCAGCCAUUUAUUUCACUCAUUUCUGGGUAAUGGACAUGGAUUUGUUUUCACUGGGGAAGACGGAGGUUUGCAUGUGCUCAGUGUGUGUGCGUGCGUGUGCACCUGUGUGUGCAGCCUCAGAGAGGAUACCUUGUUUACAACAUACAGUUGAUAAAUAAGGGCAUUGCAGCAGUAUGCCAUUUGGAGCAGGGUCUUUCUCAGAGUUUAUCUGUUCUACAUGGGAUGGAUGAACAAUGCACAAUAUUUUUUCUUUUUCCUAUUAAAUUUAAAUUGUCUUUAGAAACAAGUAGAAGUGUUAUAUAUAAAGAGACUGCUUCAUUUCUUAUUGCUAUCCCUACUAUAUUUUUGUUUAUAAAAAAACAAACCUUUUUGGUUUUAUAUUUUAAACAGAAAAACAUUUAAAAAACAUUAGAAGUAGUUUGUAUUUUGACCACCCAAAUAACUACUCUGUCAUUUUUAAAAGUAAUAAUAAGGAAAAGAUGCACACAUACAAACAUGUGAACGGCUAAAAGCCAUGGCCUCCCACAUUGUCUGCUUUCUCUCCUCACAGGCCACCACCAGUGAGCCUCUGGGGAGGGGGAUCAUUUCCUGAAAAGAAGAGAGCAAGGGAGGGAGCUGGAGUGGGGGGCACAGGAAGAGGCACUCCUUUCUUGGCACUCACACUAUGCACAGAACUCGACCCUUUGCUUUCUUCACUUAGUGUUUUAUCUUUGAGAUCUUUCCAUGAAAACAUAUAAAGACCUCAUUCUUCUUAAUAGCUGCUUAGCAUUCCAUUAUCUAUCUCAGUGGGGCUAUAAUUUAUUUGAUUAGUCUUUUAUUAUGAACAUAUAGAGUAUUUCCAGUUUUUAUUUUUAUACACAUAUCUAUAAUUAGCAUCCUUGUACUUCUAUCUUGGCAUACAUUUGUGACUAUAUCUCAGUAUAAAUUCCAAUUUGGAAAAGGAAUUUGCCAGAUUUAAGGCAACGUGCAUUUAACAUUUUGGUAGAGAUUGCCAGAUGAUCUUCAAAAAAACUGAUAAAAAUGGAUACACCUACCAAGAAUGCGGUUGAGAGUGCCAAUUUCUCAGCAAUGGGUAUUGUCAAGCGUAAUACUUUUUUUUCAGUCUAAUUGGUGAAAAGUGAUAUUGCAAUAUUAUGGUGAUUUAGUUUGUUUUAUAAUGAGUGAAGUUGAACAGCUUUUCAAAUGUCUGUUGGUAAUUUCAAUUUUUGUAAAUUUAUGUCCUUUAUACAACUUGCAAAUGGGUUACUUGGCUUUUUCUUAAUUAAUUUGCCUGUGUGCUCAGGCAAACAUACAACUGUCUUAUGUCUUGAAAAUAUUUUUUUUUAUUAUUCGUCUAUUGAUGUUAUUUAUUGGUUCAUUUAUUUAUUGGCAUGUAGAAAGUUUAAAGUUUUGUGUUGUCAAUUUAUCUCUAUUUUCCUUGAUAGAUCCUGGGAUUUGUUUCCAGUUUUAAAGGGUCUUCUCCAUUCUGAGAUUAUAAAUAAACUUACUCAU